GAUUGCGGCUGUCACAUUCUGUCAUACUAUAAGAAUUUCACUGCUUCUGUGACAGAAGUUCUGUCUGUUUCAUAAGGUUUCGUAUCGUAUUUCGGGUUGGGAUUGAUGUUUUUGUUGUUUUGGUCACUUUUGAAUUAUAAAUUAAAAUUUGACUCCCCAUUCCUUGAAUACAUCAUCACCAUAUAUCGAAAUGGACAAAGAAACAGUUGUUAGCUCAAGGCACGAUCGAGAAUUGCGAAAGAAAAUCAUUACGCCCGGCGACUACACGGUCGUCCCAUACGAGGAUUCCCGCUGCAGGAUCACGAUAACUGAUAUUAAAUGCUGCAACGAUGGUGGGCCCUGCGACAUUGAAUCGGAAAGUCGUAUCUUCAGUGAUUCUUUUGAUGGCAAUGUCUUGAUUGGGGAUUCUGACUGCUUCUUAGAUAGAGAUUUUGAAUUAGUGUUACAGCAAAUGUGUUUGGGGGAGGUCUGUGAAGUGAAUAUGGUGUAUAAUGAUGGAGCAGAGGUGUUGGUGAAGGAGAUAUCCUGUAAGGUUGAGUUGCGGGAGGUAACCGAGGAGCAACUCAUCAGCGAUUGGAGUUGGCAACGGUUGCAGGAGACAGCUUUGCAUCAUAAGGAUUGUGGAGUAAAACUUGUGAGUGAGAAGAGGAUAGUUGAUGCAUUCAAGAGAUUCAACAAAGCUCUGAAGUUUGUGACUGCUAUAGAACCAAUUGAUCCUGAGAUCAUUGAUGAGGAGACUGUGAAGGAACUGAUAGAUUUGAAGAUAAAAUUAUACAGCAACUUAGCACAUUGUCAACUACAGUUUGAAGAGUACGAUGCAGCAUUAGAACUUUGCAACAAAGCUCUCAAGUACGACUCGGAUAGCUUAAAAGCUCUAUACAGGAGAUGCACAGCUUAUAUUGGCCUACACAAAUACGAGGAAGCGUGGGUGGACAUACAACAUGUUUUACGACUAGAUCCUAACGAUAAAGCUGCUCAGAACAAAGCCAGUCAGAUCAGGCCCAAAGUAGAGAAGAUAACGAAAGAAUACAACGCUGUGAUAAAAAAAAUGUUUAGUUAAUACAGUUGAUGAUGAUUUGUAAAUAUGUAUAUAUUUUUAAGAAAUGUUAAAUAAAUCAAUGCAAUUUAUUAAUUAA